AGCAGCGCGGGGCUCAGGGGGGGGGGACCGCUGCAGGGGGGGGCCAAGGGCGCGGCAGCAGCCGCCGGGUGGCAUGGCGGCCGAGCAGGAGGCCGCCCCAGGCGGCAAGGAGCUGCUCCCAGAUGAGCCCCGGCUCGUCUAUGUGGGCAACCUCGCCUGGGUCGUCAAAUGGCACGAGCUGAAGGACCACAUGAAGCAGGCUGGCAACGUGGAGUUCGCGAAAGUCCUCACGUUCGACGGGACCGACUGGGGCCGCUCGCGCGGAGUCGGCUACGUCAGGUACGCGACGGAGGAGGAGGCCAAGCGCGCAGUGGCGACCCUGAACCAGACCGAGCUGGGCGGCCGCACCAUCACCGUCGAUGCCUGGACGGGCGGCAAGCCUCGCGAGUUCGGUGGAUUCAAGGGCGGCGGCAAAGGUGGCAGAUCUGUGAAGGUGCACGGCGACUACGGGCAGAUGGUGUACGUCGGUAAUCUCCCGUUCAAAGCCGAGUGGCAGGAUCUGAAGGACCACAUGAAGGGGUGCGGCACGGUGGAGUUCGUCAAGAUAUUGACAGAGGACAGCUACGGCUGGGGCCGCUCGAAGGGCAUCGGCUGCGUCCGUUACGCGACGGCGGAAGAGGCUUCCGAGGCGAUCAAGACGCUGAACGGCACGGAGAUGAUGGGCAGGGCGCUCACCGUCGACCUCUGGAUGUCGAAGAAGGACGGCGAGGAGGGAGCCCCGGCGCCUGCGGCGGGUCCGGAGUAGGUGCGUUUCGCAGCUGAGCGCGCUGGCCGACUUGCCGUUCACUCGAGAUCCAUCUUUGGCUCAUUGCCCCACCAUCACUGGAGAACGCGCAGCGUGGACUGGACCGUUGGUCAGUCUUAAGGUUAAGGCGAGCCUGUCCCUCUACAGGAGGAAUAUUCAAGAAUAGACUCCAAAGCUUCGGCACCCAACACACAUUGUUUGAUAUGUUGCUUUCAUAUUGCUUAUUUUAUGCGCGGCCGCCGUAGACUGCGAUGCAUUGUCAGAAUCGUGUGACUGCAUGGGUCGCAGUCGUGUGCACUGUGCACCUUGUAAAUAAAAGGCGCUGCUUGAAAA